UACGUAGGUACUUGCUAUAGUAUAUAUAAUCUUAAACAGGGCUGUGCCACUUGAGGUUGUGUCGAUAAUAAGAGAUAUUAAUUUGUUGGCUAUAGUAACUUCUCGAAGAAGGACUUUCGCUCGAAACGUAGAAGAUCUCCUUUUCUAUCAGUUGUAUCAAUCCGCUACCUGCUAAUUUAGGGCGCUUUCCAUUUAAUGGCCUGACCAGUCAGACCAGAUUUUUUCUCUGUAUCAAUGGAAAGAUCUGGUGUAUGUUUCUCAAAUAUCUGGCGAAAAUGAACCUCAUUCUAAUUUUAUUCAAAUAUUCCGGUCAGAUAUGUCCGAAGCCCAAGCGUUUUGUGUUCCAUUCAACAAUUUGACCGUUCUGACCGGUCUGGCCAUGUUCAUGGAAAGUACCAUAGUAUAUACUCAGUAUACACGUAUACAGGGUGUGUAAAUAAAUUGAACAGAUUUAUAAUUGCUCUCAAUUUCGCAAAACAGCUCGCGGUAUCAAUUUUUGCCAUACAUAGAUUCCUUGAGUAGCCAUAAUGUGGAAUAAUGAAAAAAAAAAAUACUCGAACUCAAAUUUUCUAAACCAGGGGGUGUUUCUUUUCCAACUAACUAAAAAUGGCUUACGCACGAAAUUUAAGAGGUUUAAUUGUAUUUUGAGUUAAUGGAUGGAAAACGUGUGGGCUUUUUUAUUACUGUACAAACUUUCAGGUAAUUUGCUUCAGUUUAAGGCUUUAAUUAACUAUUCAGUUUUACAUAAAAAAAUCAGCCUUUCGCGCAUGCUUAACUAUUGCUGAUAUAAGCAAAUUAGGCAAAAGCAUAAUUAAGCAUGCAAAAGGCUGAUGGUUUAGGAAAAAAUGUAAAUUUGCGUGAAUAGUUAAAGGCUUAAACUGAAGCAAAUUGUCUGAAAUUUUAUGUAGCCAUUAAACACCCAACACAAUUUCACCUAUUAAUUCAAAAUACGAUCAAAGCUUUUAAAUCUCGUGCGCAAACCAUUUUUAGUUUGUUGGGAAAAAAACACCCCCUAUAGUUUACCAAAUUUGAGUUCGGGAAAUGUUUUUCAUUAUUCUACAUUUAAGUACCCAAAGAAGCUAUAUAUAUAUAUAUAUAUAUAUAUAUAUAUAUAUAUAUAUAUAUAUAUAUAUAUAUAUAUAUAUAUAUAUAUAUAUAUAUAUAUAUAUAUAUAUAUAUAUAUACUAUAUAUAUAUAUAUAUAUAUAUAUAUAUAUAUAUAUAUAUAUAUAUAUAUAUAUAUAUAUAUAUAUAUAUAUAUAUAUAUAUAUAUUUGAGAGUAAUUUCAAAUCUGUUCAGUUAUUUCAUACACCAUGUAUGUGUACGAACAGCAUAUAUACAAUGAAUAUUUAAGUGUUCAAUAUUGAGUAUUUACACGCGUAUUAUACCAUACUGAAUUUCCUACGAGUGUUGAUAUUGUGUAGGCUAUUACUUAAUGCUUCAUUUAUUUUUCAUCAAAUACUUGCAAAUAUGGCGCAUUCAAACGAGAAUUAUGAGAGAGUUGGCAUGCAGUCACGUAUUUUUACGGGGGACAUUUCAAGCUCUAGACUAACAAAAUAAAGGUUUCAAGUGUUCCAAUUGCUACUCGUUCAAAUUGAAUUGAAAUAAAAUACAUGACAGUUAAGAAAGCAUUAGGAACAGCUAUAUAGCUGAGUUCAUGUGACUGCCAACUCUCACGCAUUCUCAUCCUCGUUUCAUCAAAGCCCGUUCACAUGAGACCGGAACGAAGUCACAGUGCGACCAUUUCAUUUCGGUGAUACUAUUAUUUACACAGAGAAUAAUACAUAGUGCGCGGAAAUACCAGACUUAUUUCGCGUGUUGAACACGAUAUCAUAUUCAACACGAGAAAUAAAUCUGGUAUUUCCAAGCAUGCAUCCAUGUAUUUUUCUGUUUAUUAUUAUAAAGGACAGUCUUUGAAAAGCGAUACUUUUUAAAGAAAAGCGAUGAUUGAAUAGCAUUACUUGAUCAUAAAUAAUCUCACAUGUGAGAUGUUUUAUCAGUGCUCGAAAUCUGUAUAAAGCACUAUAUACUUUAUAUAAUAAAAUAGAUGUUUAUGAUGCACGAGAUCGGGAUAAUUCUGACCGGUCUCAAGUCAUUCCGCCUGCUGAACCGAGCCGACUGACUUGAGACAGGCAUGAAUUCAGACCAGGAUGAAUGUAUCGGCUGUAACCUUGACAUUGGCACAACACAUGCUAACAAAAGCUAUCUAAAAAAGAUAAUUGCCUGGCAAGGGGAAUAAAUUGAAAAUUUUGUGAUUUUCGUAAAUGUCUGAAUCUUUAAAUUUUCAUUUCGGUUGACUUCGUCCCGAUCUCAUGUAAACGGAGUCCAAAGACUCUUUUCUACUCAGCACAAGAGUGAGUACUUUCAUCCAAUCACAAUGCUCGACAGUUUAUUUUAAUCAGAUACAAGCAUUGACAGCGAGCUUGCGAGUUGAAUUUUGCGAUGGUUGCAUGCAUGGAAAAGAUCCUUUAGACCGCAUGCAUUGCAGCAAUUUGUAUAUGAAUCUUUCAAUAAACCCGCUGAAUAAUGUAUAAUACUUAUAUAUAUGAAUAUUAAACCUGAUACAAGGCUGUGUUUAUACAGUUGUAUUUGUGUGAAGAAACAUUCCCCUUUUCAUUUCUAGUAAUUGAAAGCAAGUAAGUCCUAGUAUCUCAAUCGCGCCCGAAUUUCUUGUUUGUAUAUAAGAACAUUUUGCAUGUUAAUUAAAUAGUUUGUGAUUAAAAUAAACGCGCUGUUAAAUACAUUGUUUGCGGCCAUUCAAAUGUAAACUUCGUGGACUGCUUUGGCACCCAACUGUAGACUACAAGAGUGUUCUUUGUUGAAAGGGGGAAAAUUCCUACAAAUAUAUCGUACGACUGGGAAUAAAGAAUAAUAAAUUAAUUACUCGCUUACAAUUAAGCGCCGUUCUGAAUUUCGGUGAGAUAGGACUGCUACUUAUGCAUGCAUAAUAUGUAGUCCACGAAGUCGUUUAUGCUAAAACCAGUACCCGAUUUAGAUCUAUGACACAAGCUAGAUCUAUGACUACAAGCUGUUAGGGUUUAGGAGUUCAGACGCGGCCAGGCCUCACCUCUUACUAGGCCUACUAAUUCUAGCUUGCUAACACGCAGAAGAGCAUUUUUAAGCCUGUUUCUGUAAUUGUACUUCGCUGCGUGAGUUUGUUAGUCUUAAUAAUUAGUUUGUUAGCUAGUCUGUUAGUCUGUUAAUAGUUUCUUAAUUCGGAAUCCUAAGCCUUGCCUUUGGUAUUAAUUCAAAAAUAAUACGUCUUUCUAUACAUAGUAAACUCAGAUCACUAUAGCUGUAGCACUAUACAUAAGGCUGCGGGUUGAUAAGAAUACAACUAUGUCUAAAAAUUACAACCAGAACCUAUAACUAAAGUAUCAAGCGAAGUCCCUUCGUCCUGAAGUUAUGGCACAGAUCGUUCGAUGCUGAUUUCUGGUUUUAUUGAUUUUGUACUUGUAUCGUGUAGUAUGCAUGUGGUUGAUAUAUUUGUAGGAAUUUCUCAUAAUAUUCAUGCAAAAUCACUAUUAAUAUUGGUCUGGUGCCAAAGCUCAGUGUGAGUUUAAUCAAAGUCCGACGAGUUUUACUUUCCGAGUGUAUAUAUUGCAUUUGAAUGAUCGGCGAACAGUACUGCGGUUAUUUUAAUAACAACCGCAUUAUCCUUUUCAAAUCAUGGGAGUUUGGAAAGAAUAUAUCAAUGCUUCUGCGGGUUUUGCCUUUAUUCACAUUGACCUGGCACGGUUCCAAAUGCUGGUAUACCUGAGUGGAAUACUGAGAGAGUAAAGAAACAAUGUAUUUGUACCAAACAAUUACAAAUAUACGUUUACAAUAUAAUGGCUUUAUUAAAAUUUCUAUAUUACACGAAUACGUGGCAUGCACGUGUAACUAGAUAUAGCUAAACGAGACUAGUUACCCAUGGUCAGAAAUGUUCAAUUUAUUGGCUGAUGAUAUUAAAUGAUCAAUCAUGUUAGUAGACAAACACGAUUAUUUAAUGUUUGGACUUUUAAAACAAUAUCAUUUGUGGCCAGGGUCGUGCCGAUCGAUGUGUCUUUGGCAAGAUAAACUCAACCCCCUUCCCCCCCCACAAAAAAAAAAAAAUAUCCGGAGAAUGUUGGCGAGCGGGGAGGUAGGCCUAAUGGACCAAUGCCUUUUCCCUGACGAACAAAAUUUUGAUCUACACAAAUCUAGACAAAAAUUUCAUCACAGUUUCAAAGAGCAUCACAAAAUUAGUAAAAUUUCGAAGUUUCGUUGCGAAAUGUUGUAAAAUGUGGAUAAUAUAGGCCCGCAAAGUUUGCCGUUUUUCAGUCAUUUGGUAUAACGCAUGGGAAAUUGCAACAUCAGCUCAUCCUUUGAAUUUAAUACUAUAUGAGUAAAUUCUUAAUAAACACGUCUGAAUUUAUCAUUAUGAUAAAAUCUUCAGAAAAAAGUUUUUAAAAAGUAGUUUAAAAAAGAAAAAAAAGUUUAAAAAGUUAGAUAUUCAAAAAAGUUUAAAAAAGUUUAAAAAGUUAGGGUUAGGGUUAGGGGUUAGGGGUUAGGGGUUAGGGGUUAGGGGUUAGUGGUUAGGGUUGGGGUUGGGGUUAGUGUUAGGCGUUAGGUGCCGCGAAUUUAUUAUUAUGAUAAAUUAUCAUAAUGGUAAAUUCGGAGGUGUUUAAGAAUUUACUCAUAUAGUAAAUUCAAAGGUGGAGCUCAUGCUGGGAAAUUGAUACCUUUUUUCCAACAUGAGCUCCACCUUUGAAUUUACUAUAUGAGUAAAUUCUUAAACACGUCCGAAUUUAUCAUUAUGAUAAAUUCGCGGCACAUUUUGAAUUUAUCAAUAGAGUUAAUCAUAAAACCACAAUCAUUGCACAAGGUUUCUUGUUAUAAGUGUAAUGGCACUAAAAGGGAGGCUGGUCGCGCAGGGGUAGGGAUUUUUUCAUGUUUUUUAGGUUUUUUAGAAAAAUAGUUUUUAAAAAAGUUUUAAAAAGUUUUAAAAGAGUUUUGAAAAGCAAGAAAAGUUUAAAAAGUUAGAUUUUUAAAAAAGUUAAAAAAAUUUAAAAAGUUAAAAAAAUUUAAAAAGUUUAAAAAAUGAGGGUUAGGGGUUAGUGGUUAGGGGUUAGGGGUUAGGGGUUAGGGUUAGGGGUUAGGGGUUAGUGGUUUGGGUUGGGGUUGGGGUUAGGGUUAGUGUUAGGUGCCGCGAAUUUAUUAUUAUGAUAAAUUCAAAAUUUGCCGCGAAUUUAUCAUAAUGAUAGUUUCGGACGUGUUUAAGAAUUUACUCAUAUAGUAAAUUCAAAGGUGGAGCUCGUGCUGCUUUUUUCGCAACGAAACUUCGCAACGACACUUCGCAUUAUUUGCUAUUAUAUACAAAUGUUUGACGUCAAACAUAUACUUAUUGACAUUCGCCUAUAUAUAUAUAUAUAUAUAUAUAUAUAGAUAGAUAUAGAUAUAGAUAUAGAUAUAUAUAUAUAUAUAUAUAUAUAUAUAUAUAUAUAUAUAUAUAUAUAUAUAUAUAUAUAUAUAUAUAUAUAUAUAUAUAUAGGGUGUAUCAAAAAAACUGAACAGAUUUGAAAUUGCUCUCAAUUUCGCAAAACACCUAUUUGUAGCCGGUUUUUUAUAUAUAGAGCUUCUUUGGGUACUUAUAAUGUAGAAUGAAAAAUAUUUCUCGAACUGAAAUUUUGUGAACCAGGGGUGUGUGUCUUUUCCGACAAACUAAAAAUGGCUCGCGCACAAAAUUUAAAAGUUGUAAUCAUAUUUUGAGUUAAUAGAUGGAACAUUUGUCGGAUUUUUAAUUACUGUACAAAAUUUCAGACAAUUUGGUUUAGUUUAAGCCCUUUAACUAUUCACGCAAAGUUACAAUUUUCCCGAAAAAUCAGCUAUUUGCAUGCUUAAUUAAUGCAUUUGCCUAAUUUGCAUAUGUCAGCAAUAUGCAAAUUAGGUAAAGGCAUUAAUUAAGCAUGCGAAAGGCUGACUUUUUAGAACAAAAUGAAUAGUUAAAGGGCUUAAACUACACAAAAUUGUCUGAAAUUUUGUACAGUAAUUAAAAACCCGACAUAUUUUCCAUCGUUUAACUCAAAAUAUGAUUACAUCUUUUAAAUUUUGUGUGCGAGCCAUUUUUAUUUUGUUGGAAAAGACACACACCCCUGGUCCACAAAAUUUGAGUUUGAGAAUUUUUUGGUCCACAAAAUUUGAGUUUGAGAAAUUUUUUUCAUUAUUCUACAUUAUAAGUACCCAAAGAAGCUAUAUAUAUAAAAAACCGGAUACAAAUAGGUGUUUUGCGAAAUUGAGAGCAAUUUCAAAUCUGUUCAGUUUUUUUUUAUACACCCUGUAUAUAUAUAUAUAUAUAUAUAUAUUUAUAAGAUGUUGUCUGCCGCGGCUGGGUCUUGAACCCGCGACCUUCGAAUUAUACUAGAUCGACGCUCUACCAACUGAGUUACGUCAGACGGAUUUAAGACUGGAAAUUAUGAAAUAUAUACUGAAUGUCAUAAACAUACUCGUUUAUAUUAAUUCAGCAUCGAACAAUACUAGUUCUGCAAGUGUUAUGUUAAGUUGUGUAAUUGUACACUCCGUAAUAUGUUAUUUCCAGUCUUAAAUCCGUCUGGCCGUGUAGUUCAGUUGGUAGAGCGUCGAUCUAGUAAUUCGGUAUUGGGUUCAAGUCCCAGCCGCGGCAGACAACAUUUUCUGCUUGCGCUGUGUAUGGAAAUUAUAUAAUACACACACUAAAACGUUUUCAUCUUAAUAUAUAUAUAUAUAUAUAUAUAUAUAUAUAUAUAUAUAUAUAUAUAUAUAUAUAUAUAUAUAUAUAUAUAUAUAUAUAUAUAUAUAGAUAGAUAUAUAUAACUACAGACGGUACGUCGCUGUUGUUUCGGUAUUAAUUUUUUAAAAAACUUGUAUUUAAACUAAUUUCUAUGUAAUAAAUGUAUUUUUCUAACCUGUCAAAUUUUUUUGAGAGUUUUUCCUUGCACUGUUAUCUUUCUCAAAGCGAAUAUUUUCUUUUUUUCUGCUUCGCAAAACUCGUGUAGUUUUUGGACCGCCAUCUUGUUUUUCGCUACUCGCCGUAUAUGAGCUGAUAUACGGCGAGUAAUUCAACCAAUCAGAUUGCAGAACAGCUCAUAUACGGUGAAUGACUAUAUUAUAAAUAUAUAUAUAUUAUAAAUAUAUAUAUAUUAUAAAUAUAUAUAUAUAUAUAUAUAUAUAUAUAUAUAUAUAUAUAUAUAUAUAUAUAUAUAUAUAUAUAUAUAUAUAUAUAUAUAUAUAUAUAUAUAUAUAUAUAUAUAUAGGUAUGUACACACAAAUACACCAGUAGGUUUUUGUAUACGAAACGCAAAGAGAAUGCUCAAUACCAUAAAUAAAGUUAUUAAUAAGUUAGUCUUGUAUUAUAUGAUUAUAUGUUUCUUUAAUAAAUAGAAUUUAUUAAUUAUAUAAAACAUGAUAUAUUUCUCACUUAAUAUAGACUGACAAAAUGUGGAAAGUUUAUCUGGUGCCGUUAAUGUCAGUCGCAAUCGUCUUUGUUGAAGCGAAUACAGGUACGCAUUGUUAAAGAAAGGCGAUUGGCUUGUAUACAGUUUGAAGAUUACAGAGAAAUAUCAGUGGUCAUGGCAUGCUAAUAAACCUGUAUCUAUAGAAAUAGGUUAAAGACAAUUUAACAUUUCUAAAAGUUUGAAUAAUGCAAACAUUAAAAUUUGCAUAGCAUGACCAGUUGCUCUGUUGCUAUGACUCACGUUGCCACUACAAAGUAUGGUACACUAUUACAACUCAGGCAGACAGAUAUUUACGAUUUGUAUAACACUGCUUCGUACCCAAGGCGUCUCCAGAUCAUUACACGUGUAAAAAUGUUCAUGUAUGUGUUUCAGAAUUCCUCUUAUCAAGUUCACCCAAUCUAAUCUUUGUAAUUUAGUCUCAUCAUCUCUAGGCCACAUUGUUCCGCCGCCUGUGGUGGAAGCUAACAUUUUCUUGCACACAGAGACAUAGAUGUAGGCAUAAGGGAAAUGGAGGGUUCGGACCUCUCCACCCACUGAUCUUCAAGGCAAAUGUUGUAAUUAUUUCAAUACGCUGGAGGAGUGUUUUGGGACGUAACCUUUUCAUUUUUAUUUUAUCUAUGAAAUAUACUAACUCUUUGGCUUUCAGAUUAUCAGGGUCCGAGGGAAUAUGCCCCUAGUAAGUUGGACAAUAAGACCCCCCCCCCCUCCCACCUCGCGUUUUGGGCUAGCUACUUCGCUGCUUCUCUUCAAAACCAUCACUGUUUUGUUUUGCUUAGACACUUUCUUUCUUUUCCAGGUUGUACCAGCACAGAGGAAGGUGACUGUUGUGUAUUUCCAUUUAAGUACAACAGCGAUAGUUACAACUCGUGUUCAUUUAUUGGCUCGUUGAAUGGGAAACCAUGGUGUUCAUUAACUUCAGAUUAUGAUAAGGACAAAAAAUAUGGUUAUUGCUCGUUGAAAAGUAAGUCUAUGUCAAAAUUGUUAAUAACGUUUUUUGUCAUUGUUGCUGGCUAAAUUAACCAGGAUUCUUUGUUAAUUAUAAACAACUUGGAUGUUAGACUAAUUUUUGAUCUAUGCGAAAAAGUAAAUUCCCGUCAAGAACUUAUUAAAAUUAGUAAAAUUGCAAAGUUUGGUUACGAAACGCUGUAAAAUACCGAAAAUAUAGCCUUGCGAAUUUUGCAAAUUUUGUUUAUGUGUGUAUUCCCGUGCAGAAAUUGUUACCAUUUUUGAGCCGAAGAUGGUAACAAUUUCUGCAAUUAACACAAACAUGUACAACAUUUUCAAACUUUGCAAGACUAUAAUUUACAAGCUUUACAACAUUUUGGAACCAAAUUUUGCAAUUUUACUAAUUUCAUUAUGUUCUUUGUAGCUGUGGUGUUUGAUUCCUUUCUCUUUACUUUGAUACAAAUUUAUCCUAAAUCCAUGUUGUCCAUUAACCAGUUUUUAGUAGUUAAAUUAAUUAAUUGGAUUUUGUUAGGUGGACUACUAACCAAUAAUUUCUUGCUUAAUAAUCCACCUAAUAUAAUGUGGUUAAUUCAACCAUAUAGCCAAAUAAACUAACCAAGAAUCCUGGUUAAAUUAGGCAGGACCAUGAUCAAAUUAACCAGGAUUGUGGUUAAAUGAACCAGAGCAUUUGAAAAUGAAAAUAUCGGAAUUUUUUAUAGUGUCCAAUGUUUCAUUAAUGAAAGUGGUCGAUUUGCUCUUGUAAAGCCUUGAUGAACGAUUAUUAUUUUAUCUAUUUAUAAUGAACUGAUUUGCAAAUGCUAGUUUAAUAAAGUACCGUAUUUGUAAAAAUCGUUGAGUGUCUGUUUUAUGUUUUAUGUAACAUUGUAACGUUGUAAAGUUGUAAUAGUAAGCUAGCCCUCUAGAUGAGCAUUAUACGCUCUUAGGGCAAACUAUAUUCAUCAUUAAAUAUUUAUUAAAUCAAAUUAACCUGCAGGAUUAUGGUUAAAUUGAACAGGAAAUAUAACCAGGAACAUUAAGUUACCCCAAACAGGGUUAAUUUUAGAUUUUCAUGCCGGAAAUGUUUAGCCAGCGUGUUUUUUAGAGUGCAUCUCACAAAAUACUGUCCAUCUUCUUAUUUCUAGCUUGCGAAGUUAAAACUACCGACGGAGAUUGUUGUGUGUUUCCUUUCACCUAUGGCAGCGUUACCUACUACGCAUGUACUAAGACGUUCGAUUCAGUAGCUUGGUGUGGCACAAAAUCUGAUGUCGAAUUUUGGAGCCGCCAACCACGAGGGAAUUGUCAAUCCUACGGUAAAUUAUCGUAUUUUUCUUAAGCCAGGUUUCUAUGUGGUCGUAACUGUCGUAAAGAUUGAAUCACGAUCUUUCUCAACAGGCGAAAUACAACCAUUUAGAACUGAAAAUAGGCAACAUGAUUAUAAAUUGUGAUCCGCGAGCGUGCGAGGGUACUAAUUCCGCCCGGCUAUUUACACCCCUGAAAACGGAAGCAUUAGCGAAAUCCAAAGUAGUGGACUCCUGGUGUAUGGGUAGACCUCUUCAAUGAUCUCAAAAAUAUGGUGGAUUGCCAGGUAUAUGGAAUAAGCAAGAAUUCAAUAUUGAAAGACAAAUAUUUGGAAAACCCUUUCUUAUACAACAGCUUUAAAGCAAAUUUUUGUUUGAAGAAGUGAGAAUAAUUUAUUUACUAUGGGAUAUUGUGUAAUAUAAGGCACGUUUGUUUUGAAUGAUGAAUGUUUAUGUAUUUUGUUGUUUUAACUUUUUGCCAAAAGUAAAACAUAAACUGCUUUCCGCAAGUUUCCUAAAUUACCGUGCUUAAUUAAAAAAAAAAACCUUGUAAAGGAGGUAAAGUAGAUUUGAAUACGGAACUGAAAUUACCUGACAAUUUGAACUUAAUAUUACGUUUUAUUAUGUAAGUAAAAACAGUUUAACGGCAAAUACAGUUUAGUUGAAUGAACAUCUCAAAACAUUUUACGAAGAAUUUCAAGUUAACUUUUACAUUAAAUCAACGCUCGCAAAAUGCAAACGAACAAACAUACAGAAUAUAUUAACGAAUCUUUCAAAUAUUUUGCCGUUUUGUACAAAAAAUAGUUAAAAAUUGAAAAAUAUAAUGUUGCCAUUGCAACACUUGAACACGAGGCUACGUUCAGUGUUGGCCAUUUCUAAAUACUUCAUGUUAAUUCAAUGUUUGGAAAAUAUAGACGAGGGGCUGCUGCAUGCAUGUAUUUCUAGUUUAUAUGUGGUUUACAUCAUAUAAAAAACUUUUAUUUUCCGGCCGUUGAGAAAGAUGGUCACUCUAUUUGACGACCGUCACGACCAUAUAGAAACCAGGCUUAUUGAAGCCGGUUAAUUAUGCCUUGGUUUUAAGCAGGAGCUCUUGUACGAAUUCGUUAGUUGUGUGAAUGGGGAUAUGGAGGAGGGUGUAUGAAGGAACAUGCUUGAACAAGGAAUUGCAAAAGUGUGAACCUUCAGAAGUGGGUCAACCGCUUAUUUCCAAUUUCGAAACUGGCACUUCCAUUUAUGUCGGCAUUCAACCACUUGUUAAUGCGCAACAUGAAACCUUACUCGCUGCUUGGUUACUAUUAUAUGGACAUUAUCAACAUGAAAUGCGCGUACGUGUCUAAAGUGCAACAAAUAGAACUUCUUAGACCCUAAAGGAAGAAAGAUUUUCUUGGGGGAUUAUGCCAACAGAUGAUCGUACACUAUAGUUGUUCUGUGUAUUCGAGCCCCUUCCUCUUAUGUGGGGCCCACGCCUCUAAUUUAAAUAUAUUAUGCCCCGAACAACUACUUUAAACUGAGACUUUAAAAUUUGCCUAAUAUUUUGUCGCUUCUUGCAGCAUUCUCAGAGCAUUAGGAAGAACAUAUAUGCUAAACAUCAGUAUCAUUAUGGGACAUGGUUAUUAGAGAGAACAUAGUUAGAUGCAACAUUAGUUUUACGAGAUGUUUAGUAUAGUUUUCUCAAUUAAGUUUUCUCUCUCUUCUCUUUUCAGUUAACCCAUGUUUCUACAACCCUUGUGAAAACAAUGGCACAUGUCAAAGUAAUAAAAAUCAAUUUACCUGCAAAUGUACCGAAGGUUGGAAAGGAAAAACGUGUUCGCAAAGAGGUUAGGGCUUAUUUAGAGAGCAAUAGGUGAAGGUUCGGUUAUUUAUCUCAUACCUAGCGUAUUAGCGGCUUUCCUAUUGGCUACGAGGAGGUGCGUUCAAUCUCGAACUCAUACUGCUGACGUAAGUUUAGGAGGUGGGUUCGACAUCGAUGUUUCAGCGGCGGCCAUUAUGAAGCGAUUUGAACGAUUUGAACAAAUUUCCGACGAAGAUGUAAAUACAAAAUAAAUUAACUGUUUUUAAUUGUUUUAUAACUAUUAUUUUUUUUUCUUUGUUUAAUGAAAAUGGAAUAUUAAUUCUGUAUUCAAAGUGGAAGAGAAGAAAGAUAGCCGCCGAAAUUUGUUCGGCACCGGCAGGUUUUUUAAAUCUUGGCAAUGUUUUCGCAGAAUGUGUACAUUUUCUCUUUUCAAGAAUAAGGGAAUAUUGUAUAGAAUUGUUUUAGCUCCAAUGUAAGCCUAAGUUUGUUUGUUUUCGAAGUAUUUUGGCGACUAAAAUGUUCGUUAUCCAAACAGGAAAUUAUAUAGAAACAUUCGUAAAAUCUUCAGUGCUUUUUAUCGAAAUGGCAUGUGAUAAAAACCAAACAUACUUGCAGGUUCGGUGAGUCCGGGAUUGGACGCACCUCGGGUGGCUGGAAGUCACCCUCGCUGCGUCCAAUCCCGGACUCACCUCCCUGCAAGUAUGUUUGUUAUAGGGUAGGUUUCGUCCGGGGCCUUGACGAAUGGGGGGCACCCCCCUCCCCUCCCUCAAAGUGUUAAAAAGUUGGCCAAACAAGAUAUGCUGUUGGUCAUUGUACCGCUGUUUAGUCUUUGUUGGAAUAAAGGAAAUAUUAUUGUGGUCGUUGCUCCACAUUUGAUUAACAAGUUUUCCAACUCAAGCUCGACAACAAUAAUAUUGCUUUUCACGUGCAGCUAAAGUAUUCUGUAAUAAAACUAUACUUUUGCUUUUAAGUAUUUAUUUUAGAUAAAGGUUACGGUCUUUUCGCUUACAAGUCCACAAAUUCGCGAUAACGAGGAACAACAACAAAAAUGUCGCCGUUAGUCAGUCGGAUAAAUUGUGCGCCGCUAAAAUGUUCGAAAGUUAAACGUAUAAAUUACGCUGUUUACAACACUCCCGCGGUUGAUCAUCUAUAAGGGACCGGUCAUUAAUUACAGGGAGGGGGUGGGGGGUUGGUGGAAAUGAAAAAUUAAAUGCUAAAAUUUUGUUGCGCCCCCCCCCUUGAGGACAACACAAUUAUACUUGAUUCCCAACAUGCAAGUAACAAAAGGCACAUUCGUAAUUUAAAAUUUUAUAAAGUAGCCACACAUUUAAUCACACUACCCUAAACAUAUAGUUGCGAACUUUGGGAAAAACGUCCGUGAUAUUUUGCUUUUAAGAUCAGGCGCCGAGCGAAAAAAUAUUGAAAAUAUGGAGUCUCUAGAUCGUUGGAAAUGGCAUUUUCAGAGUCUGCUAUACCUUAUACAUACAACUUUUGGUAGCUUUUAUAUAGAUAAACAAAACCAUAUUGUUGAAUACUCACGAGUACGAGGUUGCAUGAAGUGAAGUUUUGAUUAUCUCUUUUUGGCUUAAUUAUUAAUGGUGGGAUUUUUUAAGAAGAGAAAAGUUUUAUGUUAAAUUUGACGCGAAUGAAGUCACUCUUAAUAUUUAAAAUGUGCAACAAAGCCAACAUAUAUCUAAGAAUCCGUGAGAUAUUAACAAGCUGUGAGCUCACUGUGAGGUUUUUGUAAUAUUCGAGAUGCUCAUGGUGGAUCCGUGAGAGUUGGCAACUAUUCCCUAGUAUAUAUUUAUAUAUUCUUUACCAUUUAUUGAGUCAACGGCUGUUCCAAUGUACAUGUUUAUGUUGAAAACAGUUUAAUAAAUGGUGUUGUGUUGGAGUUUACUACAGUAAUAAUGUUCUACUGCUCUCUAUUUUUUAUCUGUAGGUUUUAUAGUACGACGAGGUGAUGUGGGGCAGAUAUUAAUAUUGCACAAAAAUUCCCCCUUUUUUCGUUCACAAAAAUAUCUGAACCUCUCUGUUUCCACAAGCCCUUCCCCUGUAAUUAUUGACCGGUCCCUAAAUGAUCAAAGAUAUAAAGAAAUUAAAGUCCACUAAAUAGUAUAUGUUUUGUAUAGCUCAUCUCUAAAACGGUCUGCAGCUAUAGCUACAUUUCUUCUUGGUUUUACACAUUCCGUUUCUUCUUCAUAUAUCAACGCUGUUAACUGUUGGUUGAUUACAUUCGGGUUCUGGUAACUGCGCUCUGACUUCAAGUGGGAUGAGAUGCUGUAUCGGUCUUCAUAGCAUUACUUUCUUUCCACCGUCUCCUUGAACCUUUACUCUCGCCGCUCGUAUAAUUCCAUCCUUGCUUGGAAUGAGUUCUUCCACCUUUCCGAACUUCCAAAAUACACGUCGUUUGGUACUGUCAUUUCUGGGUAUAACAAUAUCAGCAAUCUUAAUCUUAAUCGUUUCCUUUGACGGUUUUGCGGAGAAUUUCGCCGACUCUCGAAGACUGAGUAAAUAUUAAUUUCUCCACUGUUUAGUGAACUGUUCAAGCAUUCGCUGCUGGUGCUUCGCUCUUUUCGUUAGGAUUUUGAUAGUGCUGACUACUUCGUAAUGUCGGUGACUCAAAUGAGACGAAAUUUGACGUCCAUAAAUUAGAUGUGACGGUGCGAGAGCAUACGAUACUCCUUCUUCGCCAUCAUAGAUGAAUGUUAAUGGACGAUUAUUGAUGGUAGUUUCAAUUUCAACGAGCAGGGUUCUGAGUUCUCCGAGGUCACAGAGCCAUCUUCGAUCGAGUUUUCAAACAACGCUUUACGCUGCGUACCAUUCUCUCAUGAAACCCGCCGUGCCAAGGAGCCUUUUCGGUUAUAUACGUCCACACGACAUCUCUGUUGAUGAAAUAUCUUUUGGUUUUCUUUGUUUUGUAUAUAAUCGUUACUUCUCGUGAAGCUGCUUUAAAGGUCUUGGCGUUAUCUGUAAAUAUCGUACUUGGUAAACCUCUCCGACUCGUAAAUCUUCGGAAUGCUUGAAAGAAUGUUGGGAGCGACAGAUUCUCUAAAUGAACUCCGAUCCUCUCGUUGAUGCGCAAGUGAAAAGAGCAAUAUAAACCUUUUCUGAAUCUUUUCUAUCGGAUUUACGCGGUAUUUUCACGUACAGUGGACCGGCAAAGUCAAGUCCCGUGUUCGUAAAUGGUGGUUCUUCACUUACACGCUCAGGUAGCAAAGGGUGCAAACGGUUUGCCUUCCAUUCGUUUGCACACGACACACUUCAUGAGCACUAUUUUAACUGAUUCUCGAGCACGUAAUAUCCAAUAAUCUUCUCGAAUGCAAUUUACGGUUUCUUGGAUCCCAUCGUGAUGUACUGUCCUGUGCCUCUCGCAAAUUAGUAGGUAGGUAUACCAGUGUCUCGAUGGAAAAAGGAUAGGUUGCCUUCUCACUUCUUGAUGAGAUGACUGCUGGAUUCUUCCUUCCCAUCUUAUGAUCCUAUGCUCAUCCAAAUACAACGAUAAUUGAGUCACAAUUAUCUGGUUGAAUUUAUAUAACGACUACAGCCAGCCGACGGUAUACAGGUGUCCCACAAACCCCCAAAACUAUUCAAAUAACGUAUUGUUAGAAUUUGAAUGUCCUAGCACAAAGUUGAACGCAAAUAAGCGUAAAAUAUUGACAGGGUGCACAUAUUAAAUAUUGACAUAUUAAGAAAUUAAAAUAUCUUAAUGUAAAGUUCACAAUUUUCUGCUGUUGGAAAUUUAAAGCAACCUGGGAAUUUAAAGUCAAGCUUUAUGUCAAGCUUUUAGCCUUUUAUGCACUUUGGGUUCAGAAGGUGCUGAGGCAUUCAAAUUCUAACAAUACGUUAUCUCAAUCGUUUUAGGUUUUUGGGGACACCCUGUAUGUGAACCAGCAUUUACGUUUAAGCCAUUUAAAACAUUCGCAGUCCGUGCUUUAGAGAGUUUGAGCAAGACAACCGAAGUACGAAGACGAAGCAUAGUUGACAAUUUUGCCAGUUUGCACAUUAUCUGGCGCAUACUGAGUUGGACGUCACUGGUGGUUGCUCAAUGUGUCUUCCCAUAUGUCGCUAUUUAUGAAUACUGACCUUGAUUCUUGGCCUGAUCCAGGAAAAACAGCGAGAGAUGACACUAUAUCUCGUUUUUGUUCUUCUGCCUUCGUGCAGGACGAAGUUCACGACGAAUUUUGCCAAAAUAUUCGUUCCGGACGAAGGCAGAAAAACGAUCUGGAUAUGGAUUCGUAUCUCACUGUUUUGUCCUGAUAAGGGUGAGGACUUGGGUCAGCAUUCAUAAACAACUAGGCAUGAAUCUCUAAUCUGAAUCUCUAAACGUCAUAAACACGCCUCAAAUAAGUGAUCGGAUGCCAUGGCAACGAUGAGAUUUUUAAACAAUAAAGAAAUAAUAGAAUAUUUCUAUAGUGAGUAUUAUGUAAUGGCCAAUUGUUGUUGUUUUUUUUCAUUUAGUGAAUCCUUGUAAAAUUUCUCCUUUCCAAAAUGGUGGAGAAUGUUUCAGUGAGCUGGAGACAAGUGAUUUCUAUUGCAAGUGUCCACAGGAAUAUAAAGGAACCGUUUGUGAAAAGAGAGGUAAAAUAAACAUUCAGAAAAAAUGUUAGACAAAACCAUAGUCCGGACCAAUUUUUUUAAUUCUUUCAAACUGAUCGAGGAGAAACUACGGGGCCACACAUAAAAUAUACCAAUCCAUGGCUUUCAGAUAAUCAUAAAACGUGCAUGAAAUGCACGAAAUAGUAUUUUUCAGACCUUAAACAUAGGAAAAUCUUCCGUGGGACCAUGCGCCUACCACUCGAUCUAUAUAUGCAAUCGGCGAGUUGGGUUAUAUAUUUAAAUUGUUUGAAUAAUUAAUAUAUAGCGGUAGUUAAUAUGUAGUGCUGGACGUCAACCAACCAAAAGGUCCAAAAUGUCCAUGAAAUAGUAAUUUUGAAAGCUUUAUAUGAUCUUAAUGAAAAAGGAGCACAAUUCUCCAAUACAAAUAAAGGAGAAAGUUUCAAUCAAGAGAGUUUGUCGCAGCCUUACAACUUUCGUCCUCUGAAAGAAAGGAAACAAAAUCUAGUGGGAACGAAAAACUAUCGCCUAUAUUUCACGCAACAGUACAAAUAUACCAAAAGAAGUUUCGGAUUUAGAGAAGAAAAAAUAGUUUGAAUUUAUAAGUGUAAUUUCUUCUAGUUUAUCCAUUUGAUAGUUCUCCUUGUGAUAAUAACGGAACUUGUGAGAAUAUUGAAAACAGUUUCAAGUGUACUUGUACAGAACAGUAUCAAGGUGAUCAUUGUGAGACAACAGGUUUGUUGCAGACUAUUAAUUACUUAAUGCGAUUCUUUAUUUAUCUUCAGUUGUUGUUUUCUUGCUGUGUGCUGUUUUUGUUCUCAUUUAUUUAUGUUCUUGCCCUCAUCUUUCUUGUUAUUGUUGUUAUCCUUGUUGUCGCCGUCGUCGGCACAUGUUUGUGUCUUUGUUGUUGCAGUUGUCGCUGUUACUGUUGUUGCCGCCAUUGUUGUUUUUGUUUGUGUUGUUGUGGCGUUGUUGUUAAGGGCAUCUUUGUUGCAGGUGUUUCGUGUGCGAAACGUUCAUAAACUUAUCGCUGUUGUUUUUGUUUUCCGUUAACUGAUCUCUCUAUAUUGUUGUUGUUAAUCCUAUUGAUGUUAAUGACGCUGGUGCCAUCGACAAAUUGAGUGUGGCCUUUAAAACUUGUGGUUUAUUAAUAUACAUGAAUUAACCAAAAUAACCAGAAAAUUAUGUUGUUUCAGUCGAUCCGUGUGAAAAUAAUCCAUGUUUGAAUGGCGGAAAAUGUUUGAGUGACUUGUCAAAAUUUACUACCUCAUGCAGUUGUCCAGAGGGAUAUGAAGGGGACACCUGUCAAAACAGAGGUAAGGAUAAACAUAAAAAUACGGUUAACACUAACAAUUUUGUCCGCGAUUUUGUGUUUCUAAAGGAUGUAAAUGAGUGAACUCGGAGACAAAAAUAUAGAGUAGCUUCUCAGAAGUAAACAAUCCUAAGUCUUUUGCAUGUCAUUCAUUCGAUCACAUUUGCCAGGAGGAGAAAAAUCGCCGACAGAAUUGCUAGUGUGGAUCAGGCUUAAGAAUACUUGCAGGCAACAGCCGUUUGCUUUUCUAACCAACAACUUAUACACCAAGCAUUUUCUAAUUAGGCUGACCACUGGUUGUGUGAAGGCUCGUACCAAGCGGUAUGAGUCAGGUAACUGCAUGAGAUGUAAUCACUUAAAAUACAUAGUUUGACGGGUUUUUUUGGCUCCUAAAUUAUAUAGUUAUUUGUUCACUAAUCUUUCAGAAGUUUCACUUUUCCUUAAGUUAGCAACUGAAUCGGAGAUCCUGGACAUAGCUUCCAGUUAUCAGUCAGGAAAGGCUGUAGGUUUUGAUAAAAUUCCUAUGUCGAUAAUAAAACAAUCAAUAAAUGUAAUUUCUCAACCAUUGACUCACAUUAUUAAUCUGUCCAUAACUCAUGGAAUUGUACCCGAUGAGAUGAAAAUUGCUCGGGUAAUUCCUCUUUUCAAAGCUGAAGAUCGAGAUGUUUUCACAAACUACAGACCAGUCUCUAUACUUCCUAGUUUCUCCAAAUUCAUAAAAAGAAUUAUUUAUAACCGUUUUUUGGAAUACUUUAAUAAAUAUAAUAUAUUAUCUGAUAAGCAGUACGGUUUUCGGAAAAAUCAUUCAAAAUUCCCUUGCUUUAAUUAGUAGAUUUGUAUGAUAAGAUUUCAACUGCGAUUGAUCAAAAAGAAAUUGCGGUUGGGAUUUUUCUAGAUUUAUCGAAAGCCUUCGACACAGUAGACCACAGCAUUCUUUUUGACAAACUAAAACAUUACGGAAUUCGUGGUUUAGCUUUCGAGUGGGUAAAAAGUUACUUUUCCAAUAGACUUCAAUUUGUUCAAUUCAAUGAUUGUUUCUCUGCCUCAAAAAAUAUAAGCUGUGGAGCACCUCAGAGUUCGAUACUUAGUCCUUUAUUCUUCCUAUUAUAUAUGGCAUGUAGUAAAACACUGACUACCGGAACACCGGAACACCACCGGAACACCGGAACACCACCAUUUUGUUUGGGGUUAGGGUUUGGGGUUAGGGUUAGGGUUGGGGGUUAGGGUUGGGGUUAGGGUUAGGGUUGGGGGUUAGGGUUGGGGUUAGGGUUAGGUGGUGUUCCGGUGGUGUUCCGGCGGUGUUCCGGUGUUCCGGUAGUCAGUGUUUUACUACAUGCCCUUAUAUAUUAAUGAUAUUGCUAAUGUAUCAAAACUUGUAGAUUUAAUCCUAUUUGCCGACGAUACGAGCACAUUUUUUCACAUAAAGACUUAAAUUAUUUGAACAAUGUUUUGAACAGAGAAUUAAGAAAACUGUCCGAUUGGUUUAUUGUAAACAAAUUUCCUUAAAUUUAACGAAAACAAUAUUCAUGAUAUUCAAACCAAGACAGAAAACACGUUACCCAGAUGUUUAGUUAACACUUAACAAUCGCAGUACUGAACAGGUAAAUGAGACAGUGUUUUUAGGAGUAAUUUUGGAUGAAAUACUGUCUUGGAAGUCACAUAUCUCGCAUGUAUAGCAAAUAAAAUAUCAAAAUCAAUAUGAAUAAUUUUUAGGUCAAGUUUUUAUUUAUUUGAUAUCUCUCUACGUAUAUUUCAUACUAUCCAAUCAUUUAUCCAUAUCUGGGCUUCAACAUACUCGUCCAACCUGUGCUGUAUCGUAUUGCUGAAGAAACGAGCUAUUAGAAUUUUAAACAAGAGCAAAUUUCAUGCAUGCUAAUACUGACCCGCUCUUUAAGAAGCUAAACACAUUGAAAUUCGAAGAUAUUCGUUUGCUGCAAUUAGGUCAAUUUAUGUAUUGUCACAAAAAUUCUCUUUUGCCGAAAAGUUUUAACAGUAUGUUUGUUUUAAAUAAUCAAGUCCAUACUUAUGACACUGGGCGUUGUGAAAACCCGGAAUGCCGGAAUAUCACGGAAUAUGCCGGAAUAUCACGGAAUAUGCCGGAAUAUUACGGAACAUGCCGGAAUAUCAUGGAAUAUGCCGGAAUAUUGCAACAUUUUCCCGGAAUAUACCGCAACAUCACGAUAUUUUCCGAUGGUAGCCAUGCGACUGUUUAUAAACAUGGACGUCUGACAGCAUAUUUUAUUACAAAAGUGAUGGAUCUUAGUUUCUCAUUUUGACGGUAAGUAACAAAAAAAACUCUAUACUGGAAGUUCUUGUUUAUUAUAUUAUUGCGAGUGUUCACCAAAAAAAUUGAAUCAAUACGAUUAAUUCCUCCUGAGUUACAGCGUCUUGAAAAAUAAAAGUGCUGACGUUAGCAUUAUUUUCGAACGCCUUCAGAACUGAACAAUACACAAAAUUUAGUUAAAAAUUCUUGGUUAAGGUUAAGACGAGACUUCUUAGUACCUGAUAUAAACAAAAAUUUAAACAUCUUGGCUCAAACUUGCCUUUAUUUUAGCAUUUGAUUUUUGGAUAUGUGCUUGCUGGUAUAAAAUUGACCAUUUUAUACCAGCAACUGCACCAAGCAUUUAUCCAAAAAUCAAAUGCUAAAAUAGAGGCAAGUCCAAGAUGUUUAAAUUCUUGUUUAUAUCAGGUAAGCAGUCUCGUCUUAACCUUAACCUUAACCAAUAAUUUUUAACUAAAUUUUGUGUACAACACAGUUCUGAAGGCGUCUGAAAUAAAUGCUGACGUCAGCACUUUUAUUUUCCAAAACGCUGUAAUCCAGGAGGAAUUAAUAAUAUUGAUUCAAACUUUUUGGUGAACACUCGUAAUAAUGAUAUAAACAACAUAUAGAACUUCCAGUAUAGAGUUAUGGUUUGUUACUUACCGUCAAAAUGGGAAAGAUCCAUCACUUUUGUAAUAAAAUAUGCUGUCAGACGUCCAUGUUUAUAAACAGUCGCAUGGCUACCAUCGGAAAAUAUCGUGAUGUUGCGGUAUAUUCCGGGAAAAUGUUGCAAUAUUCCGGCAUAUUCCAUGAUAUUUCGGCAUAUUUCGUAAUAUUCCGGCAUAUUCCGUGAUAUUCCGGCAUAUUCCGUGAUAUUCCGGCAUUCCGGGUUUUCACAACGCCCUUAUGACACUAGACAUUCGAAAGCUUUUCAUGUGCCAUUAUGUAGAACAGAUAUUAAAUAGUUUUGUGUAAGAUUCCAGGGCCCAAAACUUUUUAACUCUCUUCCAUUAGAAUUAGUUAAUUCUACUUCCUUGAUUUCAUUUAAAAGAAAACUUAAAGCUUUUUGCUUCUUUAAAUAUUGAAAAUCAUCACCCUCUCGUAACUGUAAAUACUGUCAAGUGUUAUAUAUAAGUUAUUGAUAUGAUGAUCAUGUACUCUUGUCUGCCAAAAUUAAUAGUAUGUAAAUAGAAGAAAUGUUAAUCAUUACCCCAAAUGCAUGCGUGUCCAAAGGGAGACUAAAUUUAAAUAAGCCUGCUGGUUUCAUUUCAAAUCAAUCAAAUCAAAUUUUUAUUAAUAAAUACAUAAACAGUCUGUAUAUACAAUACUAUCCGCUAAUAGCAAAGCUAAUCGGGGCGGAUAGUAGAAUGAGAUUAAAUAAGAAGUAUAGGAUAUGCUCGGUUAUAAUAUAAAGUGGCGCAGUAUACUGACAGCACAAAGCAUCAUUUUCACAAAAAAGAAUUAAUUCCCUAUUAAUUUCCUAUUAAUUUCGAAGGAUGUACUAUUUUCCAUGCUUACUCAUAUAUCUAAUUAAUGUGGGCACAUCAGCAUAAUCGUCCUCAAUCUCAAAUAUGGUUAAAAGACUUUUCUGAAUUUUCAAAUUGAAAUUUUUUCUACCCAACUCUCGAACAUCAGUGGGAAUACUAUUCCAAAUUUUAACACCUGAUUUUACAAAGGAUGUGAUAGUUGUAGUUAGUUUUGAGUAUUCAACAUAAAAAUUAUUGGAUACACAAUGUCUAGUGUUAUAAGUAUGGACUUCUUUUGAUUGGAUAAAACAAUCGGAGAUUGAAGAUGGACAAGAGCUAUUUGAGACGUCAUACAUUAAAUUGCAAAUUGUUUUAAUGUAAAGCAUAUUUAAAGGAAGUGUAUUGGAAUGAAUAAAAAGUGGGAUAGCAUGUUCCUUGUUUGUUUUAAAAUUCAUUAGACGUAUUGCUCGUUUUUGGAGAAUAAGUAUCUUAUUCAAAUAUUUUUUUGCCGCUUGACCCCAAACAGCUAUACCAUAUGUUAUAUAAGGUAAGAUUAAACAUCGAUAAAUGUUUUGUAAGGUAGACAGAGGUACAAAAUAUCUAAGCCUUGUAAUUAUGCCAAUUGUUUUGCUUAUUUUGGAUGCAAUGUUGUCAAUGUGGUAUUUCCAUGUGAGAUUACCAUCCACUAUAACACCUAAAUAUUUUAUAAAUUCUUUGCAUUCAAUAUUAAUCAAGUUAUUGGAAUGAUUGUCAAACAUUUUUAGUUCAACUUGAUAGUCGAGCUUUUUUUGGUGGGAAUGAAAGAUAACAUAGUUGGAUUUCUUUAAGUUGAGGGUUAACUUAUUUGUGUUUAGCCAUUCACAAACUCCUAUCAAUUCUCUAUUGAUGAUCGUUUCUAGAGAUUUUAAUUUUUUAUCAGAGUAUACCAAAUUCGUAUCAUCAGCAAACAAGUAAAAUUUAAAUACCUCAGAUGAUUUGUGAAUAUCAUUUAUGUAAAUUAAGAAGAGUAAAGGCCCAAGGACUGAACCUUGUGGAACACCCAAGUUAACUGUAUGUUUUGAUGAUAUGUAACCACCAAUUUGGGUUGUCUGUAUUCUGUCAGUUAGGUAAGAUCUAAACCAGUUGUUGAUCACUCCACGGAUUCCAUAAUGAUGUAAUUUGUGUAAAAGUAUAGAAUGAUCAACGGUAUCAAAGGCUUUUUUUAGAUCUAUAAAUAUGCCACACGAAAAUAGACCCUUGUCCAGAUUGUUAUGAAUAUUAUUUAUAAUAUCAAUAAUGGCAUGCUGUGUUGAGUGUUUAGCUCGGAAGCCAUAUUGCUUAUCAUAUAAAGUUUUGUUUUUAUCGAAAAACGUUUUGAGACGUUUAGAAAUUAAUUUUUCAAAAAUUUGAUUCAAAUUUGAAAGCAAUGAGAUUGGUCUAUAGUUUCCCGGAUCAGUUUCAUCAUCAUCUUUAAUUUUCAAUAAUCAUUUUAGGCUUUCUUGUUGCUAAUAUAUUAAUCGUGAUUUCAAUGUUUAUAUAUUUAUUAAUUUUGUGUAGUUAAAUUAAUGUAUUUAGCAACAAAUCAAAUUCAUUAAACAUCAUUCAUUAAACAUCAUUUCACCUUAAGAAAAAAAUGGUAUUUAUUUCUUGCAGCUUAUCCAUGUGAUAGUUCUCCCUGUGAUAAUAACGGAACUUGUGAGAAUAUUGAAAACAGGUUUAAAUGUACUUGUACAGAACAAUAUGAAGGAGAUAGUUGCGAAACAAGAGGUUUGUUCUUUAAUUAAAAUAAUUCUUUAGUUAAAAAGCAUUUUAGUUGUAGUUGAUUGAGGAAAGAAUAGCCGGUCCAUAAAAUUCUCGUAGUUAAGUUGUUCUCCGUCUGUUGUUCUCUUUGGAUUGUCAUUGUGAUGUUAUAGAUGAGGAUGAUGCUGAUGUGGUUAAAAAAUCUUGGUCCUCAAUGAAAAAUAUAUGGUAUAAUUAUUUGUAAUAUGCAAUAAUCAAAAUUAUCGAACAAUAUUUUUCUUCCAGUUGAUCCAUGUAAAAAUAGUCCAUGUUUGAAUGGAGGUGAAUGUUUGAGUGACUUGUCAAAAUUUACUACCUCAUGCAGUUGUCCAGAUGGAUAUGAAGGAGACACCUGUCAAAACAGAGGUAAGGUUAAAAAAUCAGGAUUUUUAGGCAUCUCAUUCGAUGAUCAAUGUUGAAGAAUUUUCCGGAAUAUCUUAAUUUAUUUAUGAUUACUAGGAAUACAUAUAGACCCAUGCACUGACUUCACAAAUCCUUAGAGUGUCCUCCAGAUGCUCCAUAACAAUAUCUGUUCGGGUACAACAACCACAUACAGCGCAAAAAUUAACCAUUUUGAUACAAACUUAUUAUAAAUUUACAAAAUUUGCUUUGUUUACAAAAAUUAUGUUAUGCUUUAUUAUGCAUAGAUUGCUAUUUGUCCUCCAAAUACAUCUUCACCAGCGCUGUGACGUCAUGUGCAAUGGGUCUAUAUGUAACAACUGCUUGCAUCUCCAACCAAACCACUUUAUUUCUCAAAUAUUUUAACAUAAAGUAUUUCAGUCUAACUAGCCAAUCACUGCUGAUCGCAGUAACUGGUCUUACCAUAGUAAUAAAAUCAUCAUGACCUUUUCCACAAAAAGAUCAAAAUAUUUAUAGUUUUGUUGCUCAUAAAAUUAUCAACUUUCCUAAAUGCAUUAUAUACGUAUAUGCAUAAUGUACGUCUACAAACUUCAAUAUAAUAUGACUUAGCCUUACGAAUUUUUAGUAAAAUUACGUAAUAUUACUGGGGGAAACAAAUUACGUAAUCGUUAGUCAAAACGCGCUAGCUAUGAUGAGAAGACGAAAGCUACGUAAGUAGUUCAUUCUUCGUUUUAUUUUACCGCCCCCCCCCCCCGUCAACGCCCGUCGUGCACCACUGAAUGUCCUCUACUAUCCCUACAUUAUCUCCUGCAAUCCUAUAUAUGAUUGACUCUGUGGAGGAGAGUAAUAUAAUAUAAAGUUUCAUCUUAGACGCUUCUUCAAACGUUUUGAAUGUUCACUAAAUAUAACUGCUUUUUGCUGUUGAAUUAUUUAAACAUUGUCUUCGAAUCCUGACUAGUACUGUCCAAAUCAUCAAAAUUGUUUGCUGAAAUUGAUUUGAUUUCUUUCAAUGUUAAGCUUUUUGUUACUAACUGCUUAUUAACAGAACGCGAAAUCUGUACAGAGAAUAUCGGCCCGAGGUCUUUUUUGUACAGACCGAGCCCAUAGGGCGAGGUUUGUACAAAAAAACCGAGGUCCGAUAUUUCUGUACAUGCCGAGCAAGGAGGUUAAUAAAAGUUUAUUAUCUGGAGUUUAUAUGCAUUUAUACUCGAAACAAAGAAGAAUAGAUGCAUGAUUUGAAAUGCAUGUUAGUAGCGUGGUACACGUUUUGUCGAAGAAAACAAAAAAUACCAAUGUUUUCAUUCUUUUCCACAAAAAACCAUUCGCAGAUAUCUUAUUAAUAACAAAUUAAAUUACAAUUUUCAAAUUUUCAAUUAGUUUUGCUGUUUUGUUUGAAAUGCGUGCGUUUGUUUUUACGUAAUGGACCGUUGAAAGUGCUUUUUAACCAAUCACAGUCCGCCAUUUCACCGCAAGUGAUGCUUGCCAUAUAAUAAUAUGUAAUCUCAUUUUUAAUUGUUAAUCUUUCCAAACUUUCACUUUUAAUUACAUUUUUAUGGAAAAAUUGCUAUUAAUUCUUUGUAGUUUAUCCAUGUGAUAGUUCUCCCUGUGAAAAUAACGGAACAUGUGAGGAUACGGAAGACAGUUUCAAGUGUACUUGUACAGAACAAUAUGAAGGCGAAACUUGUGAAUUAAAAGGUACUCUUAUUUAAUAAUUAAUAUCUUGCUUUUUGUUUCGGUUAACGAUAAAUAUUUCUGGAGAUGUUUGGCUCUCUACAUAUAUCUUUUUAAAAAAUACAACAUUCAAUUAAUCUCAUUGCGAAGGAUUUCUGGAAAAGAAACAGAUAUUCUCUUAUAUGCAUUUAAAUGACAAUGCAGUUUGAGAAAUAACUAUACACCUUAAAUAAGAAAUUAAAUAUAGUAAUAUUUUUAUUCCCUGCAAUCUGAUUGGCUGCAAGAGCGUGCAGCUUUUUACGAUAUCUUGACCGUGGUCUAGAGCCGUGGUCCAAAAGAGUUAAUUUUAGCGAUAACCGAAGAGUGAAGACAAUUUUCAAACUCAAAACACUACCCAAAAAGUGGAAAAAUCCACACUGUCGUUUAUACUAAAAUACUAAAAUGCAGUUAAUUCACUUUCAUGGACUUAGUCAUGCCGAACCCUAAAUGUUCUUUUCUCCAACAAAAAUGCGAAAAGAACAAAUAUAAACAUGAAAUGAAACGCAGACAAGUGCUACAUGUUUUGAUUCAAAUGCACCACAUACAUUGUGCUAUUCUUCGAAAACAUACGUAUAAAUAUAAAUACUACAACCUACAACUUGUCCUUAAACAUAAAAUUUUAAAAAAUACCAUAAACGGAAGUUUAAGCACGAUUUCUGGGAAGGAUAUAUUUGGUUUUCCAUGUAACUUUUUUCAAAAAUACAACAUUCAAUUGGUCUCGUGUCUACUGUUUUUUGUUGCCCAACCAACCAAUAUAGCAGUGUGUCGGUUUAAUUACCCAAUCGUGAUAUAAUGGUUGAAUGAAAACAAAGUUAUUGGCUGCUCUAGCGAAAAUAAAAGAUACAAAUAAUUAUGUUUAUGAGUGCAAUGGUAAGAAUAUUUUCAUGAGGUGAAAGAUGGAAUGUUCCAUCUAUGCCGGCUAAAUUGGGUUCUGAUGCAAGUCAAUGUUUGAACCUGAAAGAUUGACAGUGCAAAAAUUAGCGUUGUUACGUCUCAUAAGUUAUUAGGCGUGACAUUGGACUCUGAGAUGAGCUAUGAGUCACACGUUGAGGAACUCUCUAAAAAGGUUGCCAAGCGCCUAGGACUGCUGAAGCAUAUUAGUCCAUAUUUAAAGAAGAGUUUAACGAGAGAUGUACUAUAACACUAUAACAGUGUAACACACCAUUAUGAAUGGAAGUAUGGUGUGGGAUAAUAGUACAGCCGAAAUUGCAUAUUAAGAAUUCGUAAACUUCAGAAAAGAGCUGCUAGGUUUAUCCUUGGGGUGGAUAAGAAGAUACCCUCAAUUAAUCUUUUCAAUAUGUUAAAUUGGUUAACAUUUUAUAAAGAAAGUAUCAUAAAGCGCAACACAUUAGUUUAUAAGAGGAUAAACAGUCAAUAUUGCGUUCCGGAGUAUUUACGCUCUUCGUUAGUAAGAAAUUGUGAUCUUCAUAAUAGGGUCACUCGCCACUGUGGUCUUAAUUUGGUGUGUGCAAAGUACAAGCGAGAAACAGAAGGAGGCCCCACCUUAAUUGUAAGGACUACCAAAGAAUGGAAUGCUUUAGACAUUCCAUUGCGCUGCCUUGCAAAAGUCCGUAGCUAAGUUCAAACAAAUGUUAUAUGCGCAAUUGUUGCAGGAACAAAAGACCACUAUGCAAUUAUAAUCUUAUAUAAUAUUUUAUUAUAACUAUUUUAAUACUAUUUAAAUGACUUUUUAAUGACUUAUUGACAGAUGUCCGUUAGGAUGAUACUGAACUUUGUUACAUUAAUUAUUUCUUGUUUAUAGUUGUAAUAUAGUUUAUGAGGGCCACUAAUUUAUCAGUAGCUCAUGCUUACUGUCAUGUGUUACCCCCGGUAAAUAAAUGAAAUGAAAUGGAACGUAUUUCAUUGCACUCUCGGGAAAUGGAAUUUUCUAUUCAAUAUCACGUGACCAUAAACUGCAGCCAAUUAAACGAUCAGAAUUCAAUAAGGUAUUAUAUAAUACACACGUGACGAUGAACCGACCAUUUUUUUAAAUUCUUCUCUUUUUCUGCCACGACCAAAUAUCGAGUAUAGCAGAAAAUGUUUCGGAUAUAUUGGGGUGAAAAUCUAGAAUAGCACACAGCAAAAAAUCACUUUCUUAUUUUAAGAAAAAAACAACUUAUUUUAAGAAAAUUUUCUUAAAAUAAGUCCAAAUUUUCUUGGGAGACUGGUAAGAAAAUUUUCUUACUAAUUUUCUUAAGAAUUUUUUUCUUAAGAAAAUCAUGAGAUUUUUCUUAAAAUAAGAAUACCAAUUUCUUAUUUUAAGAAUAUUUUUUCCUUUAAAAGAAAAUGUUUCGGAUAUAGUGGGGUGAAAAUCUAGAAUAGCACACAGCAAAAAAUCACUUUCUUAUUUUAAGAAAAAAACAACUUAUUUUAAGAAAAUUUUCUUAAAAUAAGUCGAAAAUUUUCUUAAAAUAAGUCCAAAUUUUCUUGGGAGACUGGUAAGAAAAUUUUCUUACUAAUUUUCUUAAGAAUUUUUUUCUCAAGAAAAUCUUAAGAAAAUCAUGAGAUUUUUCUUAAAAUAAGAAUACCAAUUUCUUAUUUUAAGAAUAUUUUUUCCUUUAAAAUUUCUUAUUUUAAGGGAAAUUUUCUUAAAAUAAGUCCAAAUUUUCUUAAAAUAAGUCCAAAUUUUCUUAAGAGGUAUAUUUUUAUUUUAUAAGGACCAACAAGUUAUAGUAAUGAUAUAUCGAUUAUAGACUGGAAGCAAUUAUAAAGAAUACAUGGCACCUUGCAUGCAACAGUUUAUACUGUAUAUAAAUAUAUAAAUAUAUACCACAUGAUAUUCAUCAUAUAGUAAUAUAUAUACCACAUUAUAUUCAUACAGAAAAAUAUAUACCACAUGAUAUUCAUCAUAGUGCAGUACAUACUGUAUUAGUACCAGCUUAUUGCAUAUCAACUUUGAAACUCUGGUAGCUUGUCAUCGUCGACUUAAACAAAUUGGCAAUGUCUUGUGGCACAUUUGUGUCUUAAAAAUCUAAUGCUGAAAAACAUUCAAACCAAUUUCCUGCAUCCACGGAUAAUCAAAAUCCAGAAGGUAGAAACUGGCAAGAAGUGCAAGUACUGGCUCAUUCAAAUUGGACAUCUCCAUGACAUCUCAUAUGUAUUGUUUCACGUUUUAAACACUGAAGACGUUCACAAUCACAUUAUUUGUAUGAAGGUGAAUUUGUGUGCGAUGACUGAUGAGGAUAUAAAGUGACUGAUCAACAGGGAUUUUUAGCCAGUCAUUGACUGUUGACUGGCCGUUAUCUUGAGCCCGGGAUGCAUGCGACGAGGACAAGUUACCUAGCCGCUAGUCUACACUAUUUAAUAUACUGUAUCAAACAAUUAAAUAAAUUAAUGGAGAGAGUAUAGACAGUACAUAUACACAUGCCAAAUUCAAUGUUCUACUCUAAAUCAGCCUUGAAUUUUCAGAAACUUGUUAGUGCUGACUGAAAUGAAUCGGCAACCUCUUGAGGAACAUUAAUGUCUUGAAAUACAUAAUGCUCAUGGAGAACAAUUAAUCCAAUCUCCGGAAAGUGUGGAUAAUCAAAAACUAAAAGAUAAAAACUUGCCAGCACUGCAGUGCUUCAUUCAGCUCUGUCAGGAAUGCAUUCCUGAAUAAGCAAAAUAACCAGCGAAUCUUUAAUUUCUUUCAAUAGGAAUAUUUAAUUUCUUCUGUUAGUCUGACAAAUUAGCUAUUUGACUAUUGUGCCAUUUGUUUUGUAAUAUGUAUUUUGUAUUCGUAGCUCUUAAUAUUAUUACGGAUUUUGUAUUUUAUAUAUUUUAUAACAUUAUAAAUUAUCUACGCCGCACUUGGAAAGCAGCUUCGGACCUUGGGUUGAAGUGGCCAGCGUAGUCAAAUAAGGUUUUUCCUAUCCUAUCCUAUUUCUUGCAUAAACCAAGACAAAAACAUAGAUAAUGAGGUCUAUUAUGUCGACAUCGAGUUGACUAUGAAUUAUUUUUGCUUUUUCCAUAUUGCGAUUCAAAUUUUCAGCGUGAAAAUCUUUCCCGUAAAUAAUUUGAAUAAUUUCUGAAUUUUAAGUGGAUGUUUGCAAGAGUGGACCAUGUGAAAACGGGGGGAAAUGUUUCAGUGAUUUAUCAAAAGAGGAAUUUCACUGCAGCUGUGCAAAGGGAUAUGAAGGACAGACUUGCUCGGAAAGAGGUAAUUUGAACAUGAUUUCUCAAAUUCUCUCUGAUCGUUUAAAUACUUCAGAAUUUUUAGCAUCACACUCAAUAUAACUAACUAACUGUGAAGGAUUUUGUUGAUAGAAAUUUCUAGUGUAAAUUUUGUACAUUACACCUAACCAGGAGUAGUUGCGAAAAAUGCAACCAUAGUCACUGGAAUCGCAGGGCGAUUCAUUUCCGUUGUAUGAACAUUACAUAAAGGAUAAUAUAUGAACAUUACAUAAAGGAUAAUAUAUGAACAUUACAUAAAGGAUAAUAUAUGAACAUUACAUAAAGGAUAAUAUAUGAACAUUACAUAAAGGAGAAUAUAUAUGAACAUUACAUAAAGGAUAUUAUAUGAACAUUACAUAAAGGAUAAUAUAUGAACAUUACAUAAAGGAUAAUAUAUGAACAUUACAUAAAGGAUAAUAUAUGAACAUUACAUAAAGGAGAAUAUAUAUGAACAUUACAUAAAGGAUAUUAUAUGAACAUUACAUAAAGGAUAUUAUAUGAACAUUACAUAAAGGAUAUUAUAUGAACAUUACAUAAAGGAUAUUAUAUGAACAUUACAUAAAGAAUAUUAUAUGAACAUUACAUAAAGGAUAAUAUAUGAACAUUACAUAAAGGAUAAUAUAUGAACAUUACAUAAAGGAUAUUAUAUGAACAUUACAUAAAGGAUAUUAUAUGAACAUUACAUAAAGGAUAUUAUAUGAACAUUACAUAAACGAUAAUAUAUGAACAUUACAUAAAGGAUAUUAUAUGAACAUUACAUAAAGGAUAUUAUAUGAACAUUACAUAAAGGAUGAUAUAUGAACAUUACAUAAAGGAUGAUAUAUGAACAUUACAUAAAGAUAUUACAGUUACCUGAAAUUAAAAAUACAAGCAGAACUUGAACCUUUCGAGCGAAGGCGCCUCGUCAAGAAGUUGGUCGACACCUAAGAACAUCCGGAGGAAGGCGCUUUGCUCUAAACGACGAAGUUAUUUUCAUAUUUUGCAAGUAGUUGUAUCUCUGUCAAUCCACAACUGUUUUUAUAACUCGCACUUAUUUCAACAUUGAAUUUCACUUCUCUUUCAGUUAAUCCCUGCGCUAGCUCUCCUUGCUUGAAUAAUGCAACAUGUGAGGUUACUCAUGUCACUCAGUUUGUGUGUAAAUGUCCAAAGGGUUAUAAAGGAGAGUUCUGUCAAGACGAAGGUAAGUCUGACGUUCAAAGCACUGAACUCCCUGGGUUUCAGAGAGACAGAACCAUACUUCAUUGUCAUUAUAUUGUUUUGUUUGCAAUUUAAUAAUUGCUUGUUUUGCUUGCACAAGUUGCUAUGUUUAGUGAGCUUGCAUGAGGAAGCGACGUUUUUGUCACCACGGGCGUCACCCUAAAAUUGACACAAUUUUAAUUAACGGCAUAUUUCACCAUAAUAGCACUCCUGUAAUGGAGAAUAAAACAUUACAAAUACCAUAUUAUUUUUGUAUGUCUUAAAGAUUGCUACAAACUCCCAACAAACAUCACUUGCUUAAGCUCAAUAUUAAUGCUUAUUCCAGCACCGGCCCUUGAAUCUGUAAACUCCAAAAAGGUUGCCUGA